CUGGCAACAGGUUCUCAUAAAAGGAAGCCUUUUUCAAUCUCUCCUCAACACAGCUAGGGAUGAUCAACGAUAGGAUUAAAAAGAAUCCCAAAACCCCUCCCUUAACACAGCUUUUUAGAGCAGCAUGAAAAGAUGACUCACAUCUGCAAAUUGUGAAUGAUGAAGCUAACCAUUACAACCAAUAAAUGAUGGUACUGGUGAAAAAGACACAACCUUCCCUCAGUGUGUUUUCCUUUCUGUUUAGUUAUAUAACCUUGGUGAUGCGUACUUGAAAUCAUCAAAGAUUGUUGAUGAAGUCUAAGCUAAGCUCACCCCUUGCCGCCACCAACUAGCUUCUGAGUACUAUCCAGCACGGCCUCCUUCUCCUCAGCUGUCUUCUUCAAAUCCAAGAAUGGCAGCCCGGGGUAGCACUCUAAGUCCACCAAUCUUCUUCAACGCUCUAGGAGAACGACCAACGCAUCACGGAAUACACGAUUUGGAUUGAGCUAACACAUCCGCAUUCGGAUCAGAUUGAGUGACACUUUUAGGAUCGGAGUCGGAUCGCCAUAAUUCACUUCGGAUUGGAUUGGGAGACUGUUCGACCUGAAAUUCAGCUUAACCCUGAAGGCACACAAUUUCAUAAGCAGUCAAAACAUUUUGUCCACUACAUCAAAGUGCAUUGGUCAAUAUUGACGUUUUUUUCACAUUUCUAAGUGCGUGUAUGUGUGGUGCAAAUACGUACACUUAAGUACCAUUCACACACCUGAGCUUAUUGAUACAAGUUGGGGAAUUCGACAUGGUCUUGACAAAACGCUCAGUUGAUGAUCGAUCGUGGUCAAAGGCAGACAUCACAGGAGCAUCUCUUAUCAUAAACAAGUUUUUGCAAGCAUGCAUUUCGUCGGCUACCUCGCCUUAGGGUUAUGCUUGUGCAAUUCUUGGACCAAGGGGCAAAAUCGACAAGAAAAGUUUUUAUCGGCUUUUCAAAUUGUCUCGUUCAACAACGAUGCUUGCGCUGGAACGGGCAAGAAUGGAACAUGCUAUACGUCAGCGGAAUGCGAGGCCAAAGGUGGAACCAAUUCAGGCUCAUGUGCCCAAGGCUACGGCGUCUGCUGCGUAUUUUCUGUGAAUUGCGGUGCUACAUCGAAUGAGAAUUGCACCUAUUUUGAUCAACAAGGGGGAGAAGUUGGCCAAUGCGCUGUGAAGAUCUGCAAAUGCCAGUCUAACAUUUGCCAGCUUCGCUUGGAUUUCAAUCAGUUCACCAUCACCGGUCCGUCCACUUCGACCUUGACCGAGGUUGCCCUUUUGAAUGGAAGCCCAGUUGGCCCUACUGGCAGUGGAGUGGCGGCUUCAGUGGGCUCCCAAUGUCUAACAGAUUCGUUCAGUGUGACUGAUUCCACCGGCGGAAGCCCACCGACAAUAUGUGGAGUAAAUACGAACGAACACAUGUACGUGGACGCCUCUCCGAAUUGCAAUGAUCUCGUAUUCCAACUUGGAGCAAACAGUAACGGCGCCGCCAUCGUCAACCGCCAGUGGUCCAUCAAAGUAACUCAAUACUCUUGCGACUUUGCCAACCUGGCCCCUUCUGGAUGUACCCAAUAUUUCUUUGGCGCUGACACUAACAAUGUGAGGACCUUCAAUUUCUUGGGCGGUCAACAUUUGGCCGAUCAAAAUCAAAACAUUUGUGUCCGGCGGGAAUCCCAAAACUGCAGAAUAUGUUGGGCUCCAACUGCGUUCAUUGACUUUGCGGUCUCAGGUAAGACAAGCAUGAUGGGCUACGCUGGGACAACCAACUGUUGUGGUUACGGAACAGAUGGGUUGAAAACUCUCGGUUUUGAUUGCUUAUCUAUUCCCGGAGCACAAUCAAAAACAACGGGUACGGCGUUUUUCUCGAGAUUUUGUGGUAGAAGUGCCGGACUCGUGAAUACUGCGACUGGCGUUGCUGCGGCCUCCAAAACCUUUUGUACUACGACGCUACCUUUCAAUGUGAGGUUCUUGAGCGAUAAUUACGAAUUCAUCGCUGUUGCCAUUGGCGAAGCCGCAAAAGCUGAUGUAGGAUUUCAAUUGGCUUAUUCCAUGGACUGCCCUUGAGGGUAGAAAGCCGUGGAUCAAUAUGCUUAUUGUAAUGAUUCUGCUUCUGACCAAAUAUAACAAAGCAUCUGCA